AUGCCUCCUGGUGGAAGACGCGGAGGACCAAUGCUGGGAGCGUCCUUGGCAGGUAUUUUGAAUUCCGAGGCUCGCUCCGACGACGAAGCCCAGAAGCGGACGGUGCGCAUCUUUGGUUCCAUUUUGGCCUUAUUGCUAAGUUUGGAUGUUGGUGGAUCCUUUCUGACGCUGUAUCUGACGUGUCGUGGUUGUCAUGACGAUCAUGAUGAUGGUGAUGGUGAUGGUGACACUUAUGGUAAUACUUAUGAUAAUGACAAUCCUCAUCCUCAUCACUGUCUCUCCAAAUGCUUGCUGCAUUCCAUCCAACAAGGAAUUCAUUUGCAUCCCAUUUCCAAGAUCGCCGAAGAGACGCAGCCAAGUGCGGAAUUUGGAGACCUUUUUGUAUUGGCGUUGAUUCGGUCUUGUCUCACGUUACUAUUCUUGUGGAUUGGCGUACGAUAUGGAAGCUAUAGUAAGGUUCCGACGGAAGAUGAUCGCGAUGAACCUCUGCAGCAAACCUGUACUGUCAUAAGUGAAGAAGAAGAAGGAAGGAACGGGUUAGAGGAACCUCUUUUGGGAAACAACAAUAAUAACAAUAACAACAAUGACGACCACGAUGAUCAAGACAAUCAUGAAGACUACGAUGAAGCAAACGACAACAACAACAACAACAACAACAACAACACGUCCAAAUGUUCCAAAUGGCUCCAAAAAAUCAUGGCAAAAGGCACCCAACCAGAGUUUGUCAAAAACGUCAUUUUUGUAUGUCUCUUUUUGGCUUCGACCUUUUUUCAAGUCUAUGCGGGAUUGAAGGUUUCCACCACACAUAUUGUCGAUCAUAAUGACCACGAUCACGACUCUGCCGCCUACACCUAUGUCAUUAUUGUGCUUCUCUGUCUCACGGUGUUAUGGAUCAAUGUCCAGACCUUUGUCUUUCGAGCCUUGGUGGAAGAAUUGACCCGACCGGAAGCCCUGUAUUUGCCGGCCGAAGUCCAUCGACAUCCCAUGUAUUAUUCCACCAGUCGGGCCAUUAGCAUCCAUUGGUGCGACUUGUGCAAACAAAAAAUGACAUUGAAAAAUUCGGCCGCCAAAAAUGGGGCGAUCAUUGGAUGUUACCGAUGCUCCUUGUGCGAUUACGAUGUUUGUUUGUCGUGUGCUCGUCGAAGCGAUGCCGCGACGGUCGGUGAAAACAUGUUGCGCGGAGAUCGAGGUGUGCGGGUGGAAGCUAGUGUCUCCAAUGGGGGAUUUUUUUCGAGGUCCAUGAAAAUGGCCAAAUCGGAAUUGCCACUGUUGCUUCUUAGCUUUGUCUUGUUGGCCAUGAGCAGUGCCUCACGACUCCUCCUUCCACAUUAUCAAGGCAAUAUUAUUGACAAGGUCAUUCCGGAUCCAGACACUGGGGCAUAUGACAAGGCUGGAUUUUUGCACUUUAUCAAAAUCUACGUCUGGAUCAUGGUGGCACAGGGUGCCAUUUCGACCAUUUAUUCGGCCAUUUUCACGCUGGUCAGCCGACGACUCAAGUUUGUGCUCCGCAAUAAACUCUUGGAAAAAAUCUUGGUCCAAGAUGUGGCCUACUUUGAUGGAACCGAAUCGGGACGAUUGAUUUCAAGAUUGACGAAUGAUUUGAAUCUCAUGAUGGCGCCCAUUCAAUCUUCCCUAAGUUCGCUUCUCAGUAAUAUUCUCAUUUUAAUUGGAGGACUCAUCAUGUGCUUUUGGAAAUCAUACCGAUUGAGCAUGCUGGCCUUUGUCACGGUCGGUCCCAUUUCCUACCUUUGGGAACAAUACGCACAGUGGAGCAAGGGAUUGGCCAGAGAAAUGAUGUCCCAUUGGGCCGAAGGAAAUAGCAUUGCCUCGCAGGCAUUGAUCCAUGUUCGAACCGUCAAGGCCUUUGGUUGCGAACAUCAAGUCCUUCACAAUUAUUCGCAAACCAACAAGGAAGCGCUGAAUUGUGGAAUCAAGGAUGCCUGGGGAAAUGGUCUCACUUCAGCUUUGACGGGAUAUCUCGAUUUGGGAUCGGGAAUCUUGAUUUUGUACUAUGGAGGUAUCUUGGUCUACAAUGGGGAACUCACUGUUGGAGAACUAGUCACCUUUCAACUCUUUUGGAACAUGAUGAACAAUGCCUACCAAAAUCUUCAAGGCCUCAUUACCAGCUUUACUCGAAGUGCGGCAGGAGCCGAAAAGGUUUUUUCUCUUUGGGAUUCCGAUCCCGACAUUGAUCCACAAAAGGGUCGGGACAUUGUGAGAGAAAAUGUCCAAGGGGGUCUUCAACUCGAAAAUGUAUCCUUUCAUUAUCAAAUGAGACCCGACAAUAAGGUCCUUUCCAAUUUUAGUUUAUCCAUACCGGCUGGAAAGACUGUGGCUCUUGUGGGACGUUCGGGUGGAGGCAAAUCGACCAUCAUUAAUCUUCUCCUGCGUUUCUACGAUCCAAAGGGUGGCAAAAUCACAUUGGAUGGACAGGAUUACGAGACCCUCAAGGUCCAGCAACUUCGCAGACUCUUUGGUGUGGUGACACAAGAGACAGAGCUCUUCGCCCUGUCGGUCGAAGAAAACAUUGCCUAUGGACUCGACAAGGACGAGUAUACCCACGAGGAUGUCGUCGAAGCAGCAAAGAAGGCAUAUGCACACGAAUUCAUUUCCGAAAUGAAGGAUGGGUACAAAACACGCAUUGGGGAGCGUGGAAACAGGCUCAGCGGAGGUCAACGUCAGAGACUUGCCAUCGCUCGGGUGUUCUUACGACGACCCAAGAUUAUUCUAUUGGAUGAAGCCACAAGUGCAUUGGAUGAACAUAGCCAAGAAGCUGUGCACAAGGCUCUGUCCAAUCUGAUUGCGGAAAGCCAGGCCACUGUAGUCUUGGUUGCCCAUCGUCUUUCGACUGUCGUGAAUGCGGAUGCCAUUUGUGUGGUGGACCAAGGAUCAGUUCUGGAACAAGGCAAUCAUGAUGAAUUGGUUGCCAAGGGUGGCAUUUAUGCAUCCAUGGUGGCGAAGCAAGUCAAGAAGAAAUCGGAUCUCUUGGAACAGGAACAACAACAACAACAGCAGGAAGGAAAUGCUGGUUCAAAGAAGACGGGCGAUAACGACAAGAAAAAGUCUUCAUUGGACGACAUUGACUCGUUGCUGUCUGAUAAAAAUUAA